AUGUCAGACACUACUUUCAAUGCUGACUCAACAAUGUCCAACCCCAUGACCCCAGAUAACGCAUCAAGUGGUUCCCGGGAAGUUGAAACGCCGGGUGGGCACAACAUCAAAAGAAGAAACAGACCAAGUUUAAACAACAUUGCUGAUCAAUGUGAAUAUGAUCAGCGAUUAUUAGCCAAGAAGGAAGAGAAAGCAAGAAAGCAUGGCAAUGAAGCCAAAGCCGCAACGAAAAAACGCAAAUUGCCACCAUCUGAUCCCACAAGUCAAAACGAACAAGCCAAACCUCCACAACCUGCCCCUGUUGAAAAGGGAUCACAGAAAACAAAUGGGAACAGUCUGCCUAAUGCAUUGAGCGAUGUUUGUGUCAUCAUGAGAAAGUCUGAUUUAGAGGAGCUUCAAUCGAAGUUGAAGCAAUAUGAAUCGUUGAAUGUUGAUGCAGUAAACAAUCGAAGAAAGACAGAUGGGGGCCAUGCUGCUCCGACGUCACCAAAGGACAACAACUUAGUUUACAAUAGAUCGCUCAAUUCUUACAGAGGUGUAAUAUUCACCACACAUGAGGAAACCAGACCGGGAUAUGUGCCUCUCACGGAUAUGCUGAUGGACCAGUCUGAUGUUUAUGAUAUUGAGCAAUCCGUCACAAGUGAAAUUCACCUUGACCAAACUUGCAAACGUGAGCAAUACUUGCCCGGCAUCAACCCAUAUGACGACCCAAAAGAUACAAUCCCUCUUUACUCGCAAGUCUACUCUAGCAAUGACGGCUCAAAAACUAGGAACUUGUAUCCAUUGUCAUGGUCAUAUUCUGUCAGAAAUAGCGCUUCGCUAAAGGCGCUUAGGGCUUUUUCAGCGAAACAAAAAAACAAACACGAUCUUAAAAGUAUAAAUCUCGGAAUUGCUUAUGACCCAAUAAAGCGAUUGAUGGAACCUGUAGAUGAAAGGUUAAAGAGUACUUUGAACUAUGACGAAAGUUCUGUGUCGCGAUUUGAGGCUAGGAAAAAGGAUACUGAGGAUGAUCAGCUAGUGAGGGAGAGAUCGAAAAGCGUUUCUGUUGCACCUGGAGCAGUAAAUAUGUCAACCUUGGCUUUGGAGUUGAGUGUCUUGGGUGGAUCAAGAGACCAUGAAAUGACUUUAAUUGAACAAAUACAAGCAGUCAUUCCUACAAAGAGAGUCAUGUGGUUACACAUCAAUCGAUUCAUGUACUUGCUUUACCCAUUCUUCCCUUAUGUUGUUGAGGAUGAAUUUAGAGCGGCGAUUGAAAAUAUCAUUGGCAAAGAAUCGUACGAAGAGGUGAAACCAAAUGUAAAAGUUCUUCAUCGAGUAGACUUUGCACAAAUUGGUAUAUUGUUCAUCAUGCUAAGGCUUUCUUACUUGUCCUUAUUUCACAACCGAGGAUUCCACAAUGAGAAAAUACUUUCUAACCCCAUCCUCUCUCCCGAAGAAGCUGAAAAAAAGUACCUUUUGUUGAAUCAAAUAGAAAUUGGCAUGGCUGAAAUUGCUCAAGCAUGCUUCCGUCAUUUAGAAAGGCUAAGAAAAGUGAGCAUUCCAAUGUUGCAGUGUGGUGUGUUUUUACGACUAUACAGAAUCUAUGCACCUGAAGAAGGUGAUGGUUUGGAAGGAGGUUACGGCCAAAUUCAAAACAGUAUCUUGGUUUCCAUGUCGUACAUGCUAGGUUUGAAUAGGGAACCUGAUAAAACACCCGAUUUCAAAGAUGAUAAAGUCAAGAAUUUGUACAGAAAGAUCUGGUACUUUGUUGUGCUGGCAGAGUAUAAUUCAGCAAUCUUGUUUGGAUCGCCAGUACUGAUCAGAAAGGAAAGCUAUGAUACAAAGAGACCUUUUUUCACUUGGCAGAAUUCAAACCUGAGGAAUAGGGAAACUGACCAAACUUCUAUAUUCGCUUUCAUGACCACGAUGAUCGGGGGCCCUAUUGAACAGGUUAUUGCAUUGUACUCCAAUGUCCAGGGGAAUGUGAAAGUUAUGGAGUUGACGACUCAUCUCAAUACUAUUGAAAUAGGUGCCAAGAGGCUUUUCGGUAAACUAGAGGAUUAUUUGUAUUUCCUAGAGGAGAAAGAUUCAAGGUACCACAUGAACAAAAUCUCCAAGGCAGCAAACCUUUUAAAAGUUUACUCAUUUUUGAUGUUGAAUUAUUGUUUCUUGUUCAACUUUUACGAAAACGUAAACAAUACGUUGAGCUACUUUUAUUUGAAAAAAAUGAUGACUUUGGGAAUGGGUGAAGUCUUGGUGUCUAGUUUCGCAUUGAUAACAAAGAGCCAAGAGCUAUUUGGAGAAGGUGCAGACUUAUUCAUCAACCCCACUAUUAUCCAAAUAUUGACAAGGAUUAGUGACAUAUGUAUUGUGGGGAUAAUACGAUCCAACUUUUCCCUCUAUAAAGCACGUGCAAACAAGAAAAAUGACAAAGAAUUGAGUCAUGAAGACAGGAAAUUGACCGCUUCACUCAAUCGUUUCAUUACCCUUAUGGAGAAGAGCUGCCGGAUUAAUAUCGAAGGUUUGGACUUUGCGCAACCAACCACGGAGAGAAUCACGCUGGUGGUUGACUUGGUUGAGGCUAGCUUGAACAAGUUGGAAAAAAGCGUGGAGGAUUAUUGUCAAGAUGUUGGCAUUCAGUCAUUUUUCAAAAAGACCAGUGCUGACAAGCAAAUAGAGCCAAAAGAUGCUAAAGAGCAAUCGGUUAAUGAGAGUUUUGGUCAAGCUACUGCUGGUAUCGGUUUACGAAAUCAGGAUCACCAUGUACCACUGAGCUUAAACACACCAGGUAGUGUUGAUUCGACUGGGUUGUACUUUUCUGGCUUUGAGGAUUUGCAAUUUGACAACAGUGAGCAAAUUGACUCCAUUUGGUUACAAAUGUUGUCCCUGAAGACUAGUAAUCAAAACACGGGUAUCCUACAAUACAACACACUACUUCAGCAACAGCCAGGAAUAGUUGGCGAUGCUAGCGUAGGUGAUUUUGGUUAUGAAAACGUUUCUUAUGACACUGUCGCCAAUCCUCAAACGCAGUAUGCCAAUCCGUAUUAUGCUAAUACACAAACGUCACAACCAAUAUCAAAUACGCGAGGACAGCUGGUAUCAUCCGGAGCUGGCAGUUCUCAGCAACAACAACAACAACAACAACAACAAACCAACAUCAAUGUUCAAAACCCUGGUUUGCAAAACCAGGCUCCUCCGCCCAAUAUUUUCAACUACUCCGACAUGUUUGAUGAUUUACCUUUGGACAAACUUUUCAAAUAG